CCUCCCACGUUACCUCCGCCCGCCGCCGGCGAGCUCCUCCCCGCCGCUGCCCCCCACCGCGUCCCGCCGGAGAUGGCAACGGAGGGCCUGGUGCCCAUCACGCGGGACUUCCUCGCGCGCUACUACGACAAGUACCCGCUGGCCCCGCUCCCCGACGCCGUCACCGCCCUCGCCGCGCGCCUCCGCGCGCUCUCCGCCGACCUCGCCGCCAUCUCUCCCCUCUCCCCCGAUGAGGAGCUGUUGGAACAAGAAGCAAGUGGUGUACCUGCCCCUAAAAUGGAUGAGAACAUGUGGAAGAACAGAGAACAAAUGGAAGAGAUUCUAUUUUUGCUUAAUAAAUCUCUUCGUCCUGUUGCACUUCAACAGAAGUCCACACCAGAAGACGCUGAUAUAGCUUCUGUACUUGACGAUGUUGAAAUUAAAUUGAAGGAUACGUUGAAGAAGUUAGAACAGUUUCAGUUAAAAAAUGCUGAUAAUGUUUUCAAUACAGUUAUGACAUACAUGCCACAAGACUUCCGGGGUACACUGAUCAGGCAACAGCGAGAACGCUCCGAGAGGAAUAAGCAAGCGGAGGUUGAUGCUGUAGUUAGUGCUGGUGGAAGCAUUCGCGAUCGAUACGCAUUGCUGUGGAAACAGCAAAUGGAUAGGCGGGUGCAAUUAGCGCAGCUUGGUUCUGCAUCAGGUGUAUAUAAGACACUUGUUAGGUACUUGGUUGGUGUUCCACAGGUUUUAUUGGAUUUCAUUCGACAAAUAAAUGAUGCUAAUGGACCUAUGGAAGUGCAACGAGAACGUUAUGGGCCAGCGCUAUACACACUCACAAAACUGGUGCUUGCAAUUCGGUUGUAUCUACAUCUCUCUUUGGCACGAUAUGGACAGAAGAAAAUAGAGAAAGAUGACAUCGCUGCGUUGCAGCAGGCUGUGGUUUUUUACACUGAGGAAUUUGGCAAGUUCACUGUAUUCAUCGGGGAGGUUUUUGUGAAUGCCCCAUUUUUCAUAUCUGCUGAGGAUGCAGGUGCUGAUUCAAGGAACAGCGAUGAGUACCGAGAAACCAUUAUUCCAGCUGGAAAGACACAUGAGGUUAUUUUAAGUGUUGAGGCUGUCAACUCAUAUAUUGCAUGGGAUUUCUCUUUGCCACAAGGGGCCCUCAGCACGUUACUGGAUAUUGGCUUUCAUGUGGAGUACAUAAGCCCAUCAGGGGAGAAAACUUUAAUUCUUCCCUACCGACGUUAUGAAGCUGACCAGGGUAACUUUUGCACUGUUUUUGCUGGAUCAUACAAGCUUGUAUGGGACAACUCAUAUUCAACAUUCUUCAGAAAGACUCUCAGGUACAAGGUGGACGCAGUACCCCCGGUCAUCGACCCUGUGGAGCCUGUCGCUGAACCCUGAUAGAGUCAGACUUAAUGUAAAGCUGCAAGAGCUAAGGCCUGUGUCGGAGUAGCCACGCAGAUGCAUCUAAAGCCCUUGCAAAAUGUUGUAACCUUAUUCUUUUGCCGACUGCGAAGCGGCAAUUCUAACUGUGUAGUCCCAGCGAUAACACGUUACACCUAGCUUCAGUGGUGUGUGAGCGCAAAAUAUGUAUCUUUGUGUGGAGGCAUUCUUUUGUGUGCAGAUGAUGGACUCAUAUUUUCCCA